AUGUCCCCGCCAAUACACCCCACCUUCGCCGACCUCGCCCCGCUCCACCCCCGCAUCCUCCUCCACCUCGCCCUCCAAGCCCCCUCCCUUGUCCUCUCCCUCUCCAGCACCACCUACGACGAGUACAUCUCUGUCGUUUAUACCCGCGCGCGGUUGAAAGGGAGCAACGUCAAAGAAUAUUUCGCCGGCUGGCUGGACGGCGUGGGUUGGGAGCGUGUCGGGAGGAAAUGGGGUCCAGCGAGUAACGGCCGGGGGGGAGGAAGCAAGCGCAAACGACUACCUUCAUUCCCUCAUCUCCCUACGCCUCUCACCCUCCCUCCUCCUUCCUCAUCUUCCGCCCCUUCAUCGCCCUUCCUCCCGGACACUUCCAUCUCUCUAACCCAAAGCCCACGAGACACCCGCAAAUUCUCCGCCCUCUCCCACACCUCCCACCUAACCCUCCUCGACGCCCCCUCCCUCUCCACCCUUUGCGCCGCGCACGUCCAGAUCCUCUCCCACUCGCCCAUCAUCCAAAUCCAAACCUCCUCCUCCUCCUCCCGCCGCUCGUCCGCCGAAGAACAGUGGCCCCUCGGUUCUGUCCGCGUCCUCGAAGCAGGCUGGGACCUGGUUUGGUACUUGGCCGACUCUCACGCGCCGGUACCGAGGUUUGAGAGUGUGCCCAUAUGUUGUAUACCGCUGGAUGUUUCGACGCUGAUCGUCAAUCUCGGCGAGUUUCCCAAUGCCGAGUUGCAUCGUCACCCUUCUCUUUCUUCUCCCCCUUCCUCAACCUCUCCAGAGGGCGGGAGCGGCGCAAGAAAAUGGAUGGAAGAAGCGAUAUCCGAGCUCGCCUCCGAAUUCCGUCUAUCCCUCCUCGAACUCCGCGUCCCCCAUUCUUCUUCUUCGUCGUCGAUUUCAAUCCCCGUAUUCCGAUACCCACCCUUCCCAGCCCCCGUCCUGAGGAUCACCUUCCUCCCCCGUCCCCCUCCCCCUCCCUCUCCUUCUCUCUCUCCUUCGCCUUCCACUUCCUCCCCUUCCUCUCCAUCUGCCAUCAUCGACGAGAACGAGGUGGUCGAACACUUGGCACAAAGAGUCGUCGCCUACAUCCGCCAAGUUGGCAAUUCCCCAGGCCCCAGGGUCGAGUUCCUCCUCCCUCCUUCCCUUUCCCAUCCCUCGUCCUCUUCUUUUACGGCGGAGAGGGUCAGACAAAGAGUAGGCGAGUUGGUCGGGGAGGGCGAAAAGUUGGCUUGGCGGGAAUGCCGGUUUUUGGAUGCCUAG